AUUUUAGCAGACCUAGGACGUAAUUAGCUUUGCAUAUCAACUUUGCAAUGUCUUUCUUAUGCCGAAUCAUGCUCUUUACUGCUGCAACAUUCUUGAUUAUAACUUGCUUCGGACUUACACCUGCAGGAGGCAGCUGCCAAAGCUAUGGUCAUUCUUGCUUGGGAGGACAUGGAAAACGUAGUAGUGCGGGCUCUGUCCCGUUGCCAUUGCUGUGGCAACAAAUCUUAAGAGCUCGGGAGCCUGUUCCUUUUGUUGACUAUCGUAUCCCUGAACGAGAUGCAUUUGAUAUUUUAAAAGGCUUCACAGACAACAUUAAAGCUUUGGAAGAGAAGGUAGAUGGGCAGAAUUAAAACUCUCAAGCUCUCCAAGAAUUGAAAUGCACCUAGCGUAGAAAUCAUCGCACCUCCAAUGCAAUCCAAGUUAAUCAAAAAAAAAACUUCCCAUUAAUAGAUUUUGUACUAAAGCACAAUAAAAUGAAUCACCAUUAAUACAUAUCUAUAUUAUUUGCAACAUUUGCUACAUUAAAUUAUUAUAUGCUGUAUUAAAGCACAAUAAAAUGAAUCACCAUUAA